GUGACGAGCUGAAUGAGAAGUGCAAGCCACACAUCUAGAAGCGCAGUGUGUGUGUUAGCCCCGCUGGUAUGAGCCCAGAUAUAUUUACUCUGUCAAUUAGCUAGAAUUAAAACUUCUGUAAAUAGCUGAUUAAAUCUUUGUGCUUCAGCUAGAUAGGCAGCCAGUCUUACACUGCACAGUACAGCUAAGAGAUUAUUAGUUACAUAGUGCAUAGUGUUGUGUAACAAUCCUCAAUCGAUCUCUUUUAUCCAUAUAUCCAUACACAAUACAAGUUUUAUUAGAUCUGGUGCAAUGGGAUAUCCAUAGAAUCAAGUCAGAUAGUUCAAGUAGAAAUGAAAGUAGAUCUCAUUUAGAGUUUGCCUACCUGUGUCAUUUGAGUUACUUUAAAUGAGAGAGAGAGAAAGCGAGGGAGAGAGAGCAAAACAGAAAAGUCUGAGUCCUAUGGGAUGAAGAGGGUAAGAAACCAAAACUAAUUGUUAUUUGCUUUCUUGCUGAGUGAUGCUUAGAAACAGAUCUCACUCUGCAGCAAGUUGCAGGUUUAGCCUAAUGAUGGAAACCGAAACGUGAUAGCCUGAAUCUGUGUUCACAAGGAAUAUUGACUGAAGUGUAAAAAAAAUGGCAAGUUGUGGUUUUACAGGUCACUAAUGUGUCUACAUUUUCCAGCCCAGACACUGUGACUGUGAUUAGCAAAUCUCUUUGCAUUGACUCCAGUAAGCUCCCCACCUAGCCGCGAAAGGCAGGUUAACGCUGUUCCCAUUCCACAGAGCCAGGCUCACAGUCUCUGCCUCUGGUCCCAGUAUUUCGAAGAUGUCCUCUAUCCCUAGCUCCAGAUAUGCCACCUAACGCUCAGCAGGAAGGCUAAUUACCAUAUGUCAAACUACUCCUUUUAAAAGUUUUGAACUUAUUUAAGUAGGUUCCAAAAUAAUCCUUUCCUCCCUGAGCGUGCGUGCGUGCGUGCGUGCGUGUGCGUGUGCGUGUGUGUGUUCACACUAAUAGAGUAUGUCUCGUUUGGAGUGAUUUGUGUUGCAGCUGAGGUUAACACUUGUUCAUAUUUUCAGAGAAUCUGCUGUAAAUAAUAUUCUUCUGCUCAACGUUUCUCCCCUUCUGUCCCGCAUACUGUAUAUUUCUAAGCUUGUGAAUAUAAAAACUGAGAUGAUACAGCUUUUUCCUCUUCUUUCUGUAAACGAAGACAUUGAUCGUCACUCACACACCUAUCUUUGCUGCGAUCGAGGCCUUGGCUAAGUUUUAGCGUCAGAAGAAUUUCUCUGAUGUAUCUGUUCUCCUUUAGAACCCACCACACAGAAGAGGAGGGUGAAGAUAAUUAUCUAUUUUUAUUUCCGCUUCAAGUUAGACUGACUCACCACUGACUCCGUAGUGGAUGCAGGCGGGUGGCGGAAUUACCGUUGAGCCACAGUCUCGCUGGGCUUCAUCGUGUACUGACUUGAAUAAAAUCAAUGGGGGGGUAUUUUGGUUGGUUACAAUUCAUCACUUGAAUUGCACAGUUUUCGUUUUCUGCACCAUUUGGAUGUGCUUUCAUGUGUUUUCAUUUACCUUGGCAGCUGUUGUUUUCUCAUUCAGUAACAUUCAAAGCAUUUAGUUUCUGCGCUAUUUAUUUCUAGUAGACACACAUUAGACGUGUGUUUCCUUUGCAACACCACCCACAGAUCAUACUGGGAUACCAGAAGUAUUUGUGCUGUUAAAAAUGUUUAGAAAAUGCUUAAUUUAAAUGCUUAUCUGAAUUUGGUCCCUUUUUUUUCUCAGAUUUUUUUUCCUCUCUUUUAUUUUGCCCUUGAGCCCAGGUUGUCACAUGUUUUUUUUUUUUUUUUUUCCCAAAAACACUUCUGUACCUUCUCCACAGGUCUGGGGAUACAAAGGCCUGAUUCUACAGAAAUGAUUGCAGAAUGUCUGUCCUAUAUCAUGCUGAUUUGCUGUGCUCACACGUGAAAGGCGCAGUCUGAGCCUCUUGUCUCUUUGAUCACGGAGUGUGUGUUACUUUCUUACAUCACUUACAAGUUAAGCUUUAAGUCUAGUUACUUAAGACACAUUAAGAGUUUGCAAAACAUAUUGGAUACAGUUGUUAAAUACAUUGUAAAAAUGUAACAAAGCGUAAUUGUCACUGCAGUGUUUGCACACAAUCACAGAUUUCUGAUGUUUUAACAGGUGUUAACACUAGUCUGUAACUGUGUCUGUUGUCUUGCCUACAUCACAUUCAGUUUUCUCCCAAACUCAGUUUGCCGUGUCCACACAAAUCUAUAUUGAUUGUUAUGAACAUCUUUAUGCUCUUCUGAGCAUUUUCCAAGUUCAUUACUUUGUCCCUGUAACUAAUAUCUGUUUAUCUUGACCUUAAGUCAACCUUUUUUGAGAAACUGACUAAAGAAGUGACAGUAGAUGGUUUGUGUAUAUUUUAUAAGUUCAAUUGCUUUGACUGCUGUGCUCAUCAAUGAUGCUAUAUCACCACUGUUUGAGUGUCCAGUCUUUUCUGGUGUGAUAAAUUUACACACAUUAUGCAGGGGUUAUUUUUUACGGUGAAAAGAUGCAUACAUUCUUUAUUUGCAGGGCACUUCACAGUCUUCUCAGACAGUGUUUGCCAGUGAUGUUAUGGACUGCAUCCAUUGACCUCAUAUCUGUCAUAAUAACUGCACCACUGUAAGGAGUCGGUGUUUUUCCAGGCAGGGACUUAGUUAUUGUUUUUUUUUCUGGUAUUUAUCAUUUUAAAAAGAACCACUGGAGCAGCCAUGAUGAACUCAAUACAAUACAAGUGAUGUCUGUCCAGUUUUUCGUAACCCCACUUUGACAAAAUUGUAUUCUAUAUUUAAUGUCCUUUAAGGUUGACAUGAUGUUUCACAUUUGUGUGCACCAGCCUUUCACCUAAAUUUUACAUUUGAUAUCUUUUUAACAUGCAGUUUUUCCAGUACUUAGUUCCAGUAAUUUGUCGUUAAAAGAGCAGCCUUUAAUACUGAAUACAUUCUCAUACAUGUGUAGCGUUGCAGCUUUCCUUCAGCUAACCUGACAACUCUACUCAUAAGGAAACAUUUAGGAUGGUGAAACGUUAAUAAUACUCACUUCUCUGAAGGCUACUUACGUAAAUUAGGAUAUUACGUAAGAUAUACCAGUGUAUAUUUACAUUCGACCACUGCACUAUAUUAAGAAGCCACGCUCCUUCCUAAAGUCUCGCACUGCCCCCAAGCGGCGGGUGUGGAGUACUGAAGGUUUUAUUGUAGGGCAUCUGUUUACCGUUUGAAAUGUAAACAAACGACCUUGUUUGAAAGCGAUAGUUAGGAAUUUUCAAGUUACACUGCGUGACAGGUGCACUUUCUGUAAAUUAUGGUUCUAAACUGCUUUUCUACAACUAUCCACGUUGCUUGUUAAUAGUAGGUAUUUCGUGGAAAUUGGCCUUUUGUUGCUUGAACUGCAGCUACAGAUAAAUGGGUUGUUAUUGACACGCUAUGCUUUGCUUUCACUUGGCGGCUGAUCUGAAGCACACUUUAUUUACCGAACACAUUGAGGAGCUCACUGGCUGCUGUUCAGCCCGUCGUGGUGCAGCAGGUCCGUGAAAUCUUUCAGAGCUGUGAUCGUUGAUGGCUUGUGUUGUGCGUCACCUGUCGUGAGUGUUCGUUAAUCCUGUGUGAAGUGUGUGAGCCGAGUGUUCGCGGCUACCGGUUUUUACUCGCCAGCCGCCGUUAUAACUGCAGAUGUUCCACUUUGUUCAUGCGCAGCUUCCCUGAAGCUCGCUCCCGUGUAGACUCUCGGGGAUGCGCACGCCGCUCCUCAAGGGCGUCACGUUUCCCGCUGACGUCACCACCGCUGUCCCCGUCGGUACUUCCGCUGUUAUGGCCGCGUACAGAGAAGGGGACAGUAUAGUGGGGUAUUUAGAAAUGAAAGCGUUCUUUUAACAGAUGUGUUGGUGAUGGCCGCGACACAGCUGUUCAGUCUGGUUUUCUGUACGUCGGCAGCGCGCGCGCGAGUUGUGACGCAAAGGACGUACAGCAAGGUAGCCUCAGCUUUAUCUGAGCGGCUGCAAGUCUUUGAGUCCUUGACGGAAAAACACGGCAAGAAAGUUGUAGCUUUGGAAAAGCCCCUUAGUAUCCAACUCAGUGAUGGGCGAAAAGUAAAGGGAACAGCUGGUGUCACCACACCACUGUUUGUUGCUCAGAGUGUCCGGGCAAAGGGAGCUUUGCUGAGUAAGGUGAAUGGAGAGGUUUGGGAGCUUGGACAGCCCCUAGAGGAGGACUGUGAACUACAGUUUCUGGGCUUUGAUACAGCUGAGGGAAAAUUGGCAGCAUGGAGGACGGGGGCGUGUGUCCUCGCUGCGGUGUUGGAGGGGACGUUCGGAGCUGAGGUGUACAGAGAGGGAGCAUCAGAGCUUGGCUUUUACUGUGACCAUCUGCUGCACAACAGUGCCUUGUUGCUCAGUGAUGUCGAGGGUAAAUGUAAAGAGGCAGCCAGCCUCAGACUUCCUCUGUCCAGGCUGGAGUUGAAAACAGAUGAGGUUCGAGAGCUCUUUCAGCUCAGUAAGCUCAGACUGCAGCUUCUAGAGGAGCAGAUGACCGGCCCCUCCAUCUCAGUAUACAGGUAUGGAGACAGCAUAGGGGUCUGUAACAGCCCCCUUCUCCCUCACACAGGCCUCCUCAAGGUCUUCAAGAUGCUUCAGCUGUCACCUGUGACCCUGGCCAAUCAGACAGAGGCGCCAGGUUUGAUGCGCCUCUUAGGUGUUGCCUUUCCUGGAGAGAAGGACAGGGAGGAGUGGGACAAGGAGCAGGAGGUGGCCAAAAGAAGGGACCAUAGACGUAUUGGGACGGACCAGGAGCUGUUCUUCUUUAAUGAUGUCAGUCCAGGCAGUUGCUUCUUUCUACCUAAAGGAGCUCAUAUCUACAACACGCUCACUGACUUCAUUAAGAGUGAAUAUCACAAGCGAGGCUUCACCGAGGUUGUGACCCCAACUCUGUACAGCACUGCAUUGUGGGAGCGCUCGGGCCACUGGGAGCACUACAGCGAGAACAUGUUCACGGUGACGUCGGAGGGCUCGCAGACCUACUCUCUGAAGCCCAUGAACUGCCCUGCACACUGUCUCAUGUUCGAGCACCGCGUUCGCUCAUGGAGGGAGCUGCCGCUGCGCUGGGCCGACUUCGGGGCACUGCAUCGCAACGAGCACUCCGGAGCGCUGGGAGGCCUCACGCGUGUUCGCAGGUUCUGCCAGGAUGAUGCUCACAUCUUCUGCACACCGGAGCAGCUGGAAGCAGAGAUUGUGGCAUGUUUGGACUUUGUGAGGACCGUUUAUCAAGUGUUUGGGUUUUCCUUUCACUGUCUCCUGUCUACACGGCCCACACCGUGCCUCGGGGAGCCUGAACAAUGGGAUAAUGCUGAGCAGCAGCUGGAGAGGAGUCUGCAGCAGUUUGGCGAAUGUUGGGAGUUGAACCCUGGAGACGGAGCAUUCUAUGGACCAAAGAUUGAUAUCCAGAUUAAAGACGCGCUGGGCAGACAACACCAGUGUGCCACAAUCCAGUUAGACUUCCAGUUGCCAAUCAGAUUUGACCUUCAGUACGUCGGGCAAGAUGGACAGCGGCACAGACCGGUCAUGAUCCACCGAGCAGUUCUGGGGUCACUGGAACGAAUGAUAGCUAUACUUGCUGAAAACUUUGGAGGGAAAUGGCCGCUGUGGCUGUCCCCCGCGCAGGUGAUGGUUGUUCCUGUGGGGGGCAACAGUGAGUCAUAUGCCGGGCAGGUGGUCCGGCAGUUCCGUGAAGCUGGCUUCAUGGCUGAUUUAAAUGAGGAUCAGGGAGCAACCUUAAAUAAGAAGAUUCGCUCUGCUCAGCUGGCCCAGUACAACUACAUAUUUGUGGUAGGGGAUAGAGAGAGGGAAAAUGGAACCGUGAAUGUGAGGAGCCGAGGGGGUAAACAGCUGGGCAGCAGGCCGACACAGGAGGUGCUGACGACGCUCACACGGCUACGCUCCUCCAGGAGCAACCUCGAUGAAUUCUGAUGGACAAGCUCCAAGAAAUAACCAGUCACUGAGUUAAGUACUGUGUUUCACGUGUGGGAGCUGUUCUACUUCAGCUUUGUAUCAGGAGGUGGCUUCUGAGAUUUGUAAUAAAAAUAUGCAACGCA